UGACAGUCUCGGGCUUGCGGCAUCUUUGUCUCGGUGUGAGGCGGGGGCCGGGCGGCCCGCUGUGUGGGGAACCCCGGGGCUGACUGGUCCUGGCCCCCUGCACCCCGAUGGGCCUGGUGGAGCCGGCGCCAUGGCUGCCCUGUACCAGAGCGCGGACCCGUCCGCCUCGGCCUCCCCCAACAAGCUGCUGGCGCUGAAGGACGUGAGGCAGGUGAAGGAGGAGACCACCCUGGACGAGAAGCUUUUCCUGCUGGCCUGCGACAAAGGUGACUAUUACAUGGUUAAUAAACUCUUGGAGCAGAACAGCUCAGGUGACAUGAACAUAAAUUGUGUGGAUGUGCUUGGAAGAAAUGCUAUAACCAUUACCAUUGAAAAUGAAAACUUGGACAUAUUACAGCUUCUUUUGGAUUAUGGCUGUCAGUCAACAGAUGCACUUUUGGUGGCGAUUGACUCAGAAGUGGUGGGAGCUGUUGAUAUUUUACUUAAUCAUCGACCAAAACGAUCCUCAAGACCAACUAUUGUAAAACUUAUGGAGCGUAUUCAGAACCCAGAGUACUCAACAACUAUGGAUGUAGCGCCUGUCAUUCUAGCUGCUCAUCGUAACAAUUAUGAGAUCCUUACUAUGCUGUUGAAACAGGAUGUAUCUCUACCCAAACCUCACGCUGUUGGCUGUGAAUGCACCUUGUGCACGGCAAAGAACAAAAAGGAUAGCCUACGGCACUCCAGAUUUCGUCUUGACAUCUAUCGUUGUUUGGCCAGUCCUGCCUUAAUAAUGUUGACAGAGGAGGAUCCAAUCCUGAGAGCUUUUGAACUUAGUGCAGACUUAAAAGAGUUAAGUCUUGUCGAAGUUGAAUUCAGAAAUGAUUAUGAGGAACUAGCCCAACAGUGCAAAACCUUUGCUAAAGAUUUACUUGCACAGGCACGGAACUCACGGGAGCUGGAAGUUAUCCUAAACCAUACAGCUAGUGAUGAGCAUGUGGACAAACGAGGAUUGUUAGAAGAGAGGAUGAAUUUGAGUCGCCUAAAACUUGCUAUCAAGUAUAACCAAAAGGAGUUUGUUGCCCAGUCUAACUGCCAGCAGUUUCUCAACACUGUGUGGUUUGGACAGAUGGCAGGCUACCGACGCAAGCACACGUGUAAGAAGAUUUUGACUGUUUUGACAGUUGGCAUCUUUUGGCCAGUUCUGUCUCUCUGUUACUUAUUAGCCCCUAAAUCUCGAGUAGGUCGAAUAAUUCACACUCCUUUUAUGAAGUUUAUUAUUCAUGGAGCUUCAUAUUUCACAUUCCUGCUAUUACUUAACUUGUAUUCACUGGUUUACAAUGAGGAUAAGAAGAAUACAAUGGGGCCAGCGCUUGAGAGAAUAGACUAUCUUCUGAUAAUAUGGCUUAUUGUAUCAUUGAUAAUAUCAACACAUCCCAGGGAAGCAUAUUUGCAAGUUAAUUGUGCUUGGUGCAGAACCAGUAGAGGGAGCACAGAUACUGCUUUUGAGUCAAGAAUGGUGUGGUCAGAUGUUAAAAGACUUUGGUAUGAAGGCCUGGAAGACUUUUUAGAAGAAUCUCGGAAUCAGCUUAGUUUUGUCAUGAAUUCCCUCUAUUUGGCAACCUUUGCUCUCAAAGUAGUUGCUCAUAACAAGUUCCAUGAUUUUGCUGAUAGAAAGGACUGGGACGCAUUCCAUCCUACACUGGUGGCAGAAGGUCUCUUUGCUUUUGCUAAUGUUCUUAGUUACCUUCGACUCUUCUUCAUGUAUACAACCAGUUCUAUCCUAGGACCACUUCAGAUUUCAAUGGGGCAGAUGUUGCAAGACUUUGGAAAAUUCCUAGGGAUGUUCCUUCUUGUCUUGUUCUCAUUCACAAUUGGAUUGACCCAACUGUAUGACAAAGGAUUUACUGUAAAUGAAGAGAAGGACUGUGCAGGGAUCUUCUGUGAACAGCAAAGCAAUGACACAUUCCAUUCGUUUAUUGGCACCUGCUUUGCUCUGUUCUGGUACAUAUUCUCCCUUGCACAUGUAGCAAUCUUUGUCACUAGAUUUAGCUACGGUGAAGAAUUGCAGUCUUUUGUGGGCGCUGUUAUUGUUGGUACCUACAACGUAGUGGUUGUGAUUGUCCUUACCAAGCUCUUAGUGGCAAUGCUUCAUAAAAGCUUUCAGCUGAUAGCAAAUCAUGAAGACAAAGAAUGGAAAUUUGCUCGUGCCAAACUUUGGCUUAGCUACUUUGAUGAUAAAUGCACACUACCUCCACCUUUCAAUGUCAUUCCCUCUCCCAAGACUAUCUGCUAUCUCUUCAACAGUCUUAGUAAAUGGAUCGGCUCUCAUACUUCGACUGGCAAAGUCAAACGUCAGAAUAGCCUAAAGGAAUGGAGAAAUCUGAAGCAAAAGAGGAAUGAGAAUUACCAAAAGGUGAUGUGUUGUUUAGUCCAUCGUUACUUAACCUCCAUGAGACAAAAGAUGCAAAGCAUGGAUCAAGCAACUGUGGAAAAUCUCAAUGAACUGCGGCAAGAUUUAUCAAAAUUUCGAAAUGAAAUGAGGGAUCUGCUUGGCUUUCGGACAUCUAAAUAUGCUAUGUUUUAUCCAAGAAACUAAGAUCCAGAUUUUAAAAGGAACAUGUCUAACUUUAGGUACUCACAGUUGAAAGUGUUGGCCUAAGUCUGUUGCCAGACCAAAUAGAAAAGCAAAUUUUUUCCACAACCUUAAAUUCAAGAAUGUAUUUGCAUAAGUUUCAGCUAAGUUCAAAAGAUGCGGAAAUGAAUGCAAAAACUGUCAUUCUUUUAAGCUCUUGAAGUGUGUAAUGUACCAGUAUGUAAAAUAUGUAUAUAGCAUUUUACAAUAAAUGUUCCCCAAAAUAUGGAUUUUGACAGGUCACAUUAGCUGUUGGGCUUUGGGUCUUCAUAGCUGGCAUGUUGCAUUUAUUUCCCCUAUAUUUGCUGUUUUGUCCCUCUUGGUUACUGUUUUUUCAAGUUGUGGGAAAAGAUGGAGAUCUUAACAAUACUUAAAUAUACCUAGUGCUUUUAUAAUAGAAAUUUAACCAGUAUGUGAUUUAAAGUAGGUUGCAGAAGACUGCAUGACUCCAAAAAUGUUUUUGUACAUGAUGCUGUUGACUGAAUAUUAACAACUGUAAAACAUUGGGAAAUGAAAUUUGUGAUUUGUUCCCUGAAAAUUGCAGAGUACUGUGGAUGCUGAACUCUGGACGUAGAGCCAAAGUAAGCUACCCAUCUCCAGAACUUUCAUGGAUCUGUUUAAAAUAGUUAUGUCCUCUCAAAACAUAUUAAGAUUUUUCAGGUAGCACCCUGUGUGUACAUUUGCAAUAUGCAACUCUUGGGAUUUGGGAUUUUUUUAAUUAGCCUCUUAAUUUUGAGUAGUGUUCAGAAAACCUUGUGUAUCUGGAUUACACACAGUUGUUCUUUUGGCAUAGGAAAACAUAAUUUUUAACAAGAAUUAGAUAUCAGUCUAGAGCAUGAAUGUUACUUGUUUGCCAGGCUAAAUAUUUCUUGUCCAUUAAAAUAAAUGGAAAUACUGUACAAUUAUUUCUAUGUAAGAACAUACAAUAUGCCUGGACAUUGGAAGAUGUGCAUUCAGAAGGCUCUCUUUUAGAGUAUGUAUACACCACAGCUGUGAAUGUGUUUUCCAGCACAAUAGUACUCCUGGGCGAAUUCUGCACCAAAAAGGUAUUAAAAAUUCUGCAACAAAAGAUUAAAAAUGUUGCGCACUUUUUAAAAUUCUGCU